GGUGAACCCAGGAGCCUGGGUUAGCGAGGAACCCAGGUCUUGGGUUCGCGACGUUCGUGAAAUCUCUGGGGCUUUCCUAACAAAAUGAUACCUAUCAUAAACUUUACUUUUAACAAGAUUUUAUGAUCAGAUUUUUUAAAUUUUAACCUGAUAAUAACUAAUGAUAUACUUUCUUUUUAAAAUCUUGCAGACUGGACCGUGGAAAAUACAUUCAAACUGUUACCAUCCCCAGGCAGAAGCUGUAAGAUCAUUUACCAGGUUAAAAAGAAAGUAUAUGAUACCCGGCUGGGGCGAUGGCUGCAGGCAAUAUGCGGCGAGAGGUCUUCUUUACGCGCUUGGAUACCUUCUCGAACAUGCUCUACAAGAAUCUAAUCAAUAGAUCAAUGCUGCUCUCCUUUUCAUCCUCAUCCCACUCAUCCACAAUCAUAUUCCAUGACAAAGAAAGGUUUGUCAAUUGCCGCAGAUAUCCUUCGGCAACUGAACCAUCAAAUUGAGAACACAAAAUUCAGACACGAAGAGUCAAAGCCAGUUUUUCUGCUCGAGGAGAUGGGGAGAUUAGAGAAAAACCUAGCUGUGGCAAAAUGUGAAAUCUGCAGUUUUUUGGGGGAAGGGGUUUGGUGAGAGAAGAAAAGAGUUGCAGGUGGUGGGAGUGAAAAGGGCAGUUGGUUCUUCUCAGGCGUAAGAAUAGUGCGCCACGAUGCAGACCAUGGUCAUCAGAAAGCUGAAUGAAGAGAUAAUGUUGUGCAGUCUUGUUUUUUCUUUUGUUUUUGCCUUGAUGUGCAGUCUGGAUUUUAUUUUUUUCCCGGGAUGUGCAACCUGGAUUCACUGCAGAUCGUCUUCAUAUUUAACUUCAUUUAAUUUUAUAUAUAUAUUUUUAUUACAUAUAUAUUUUUUAACAUAAAGAAUUACGGAAAAG